AUGUCAAACAUAUCAUACCUCAUAGUUUAUAAUUCCCAUAAUGGAAAUUUUAUAAGAAUUCCAAAGCCUAUAAGAUAUCAUAAGCUUUUGCACUUUAAAGAGUAUUUGGCAGAGUCUUUCGGAAUCGACACUAUCGAAUGUAUCUUCUUAUUGACUUCCUUUGGAAUCAAACUAGAUUUCAAUUUGAUAAAUGAACUUAAUGAUGUCUAUUUCUUUGACAAAAGGCUUUUCUCUAAUAAUUUCGAUCGCUCAAUCCUUGAAGGCUACUUGAAAGAUGAAACAGAAGAACAAGAGCCAAGGACAUCAAUGUUAAUAGGAGAUGGCAGAUUGAGCGUAAAGGCAAUGACAAAUAAUCUAAAAAGCAAUAAGGAAUGGGCAAUAUCUCAAUUAAAAAGCUCAGCUACCACUAGUGAAAGGAGGAAAACAAUACUAAAACAGAUUAAUGUGAUAUUUAAAUCCCUUAAUAUCAUAUUUCAAUUUGGCACGAAUUUCAUAAACGAGAUAGAAAAGAGCUAUAAUAAUUACUAUCAGUAUAUCAAUCUAUUAAGCUCAAAAAGCUUACACAAGUCCUGGAUGCAGCAUUUAGAAACAUUGUCAAAAUUUCCUAGCCCGAAUAUUUCAAACACUAGCUUUAGAUUAGUAGACUUUUUGGACGUUCAUCUGUUGCAGGAAUCAGCAAAACUAAUUGAAGAACAUCUCCCUUUCAUUGUGAAACGAUUCAAUGAUAUGGGAUCUACUAUUAAUAUGAUCAAUGGCGAAAAACUUCAAAUUGAUCAACAAAUUAAAUCGUUAAGAGAUCAAUCUAUCAAUGCCUUCAAAAAUGACGAUGACACAAGCCUAAUGGUGGAUAUAGAGAGGGCUUCAGAUAUAAUAGCAGGAGAUAUAGAAAAACUAUUUUUAAAUGCUCCUAUUUCACUUGAUGAAACAUACAGGCAACAUAAAGAUAGGUAUUCGCCUAUAAUUUCUAAAGUUUCUUUAGAUAUAUUUGAGUCUUAUAAGAAGCUGAAACAAUUCAAAUCCAAAACAAUCAGUGGCAGCUUACAGAUAUUUAAUAGUAUAGCAAAAUUACAGAUGCAUAUGGUUGAAAUCAAGUCAGAACUCAAAUCUCUAUCAAGUCCGAAUAUAAAAGACGGAGCUUUUUCUUAUGAAAUGAUCAACCAAAUAAAAAAAUCAGAGGACUAUUUAUCUCUCACAAUAGAUUUACCUUUGUUAUUUGGCUUUUUAUUAAUUGAGAAAAGACGACAAUUUGAAUGGUAUGAUUUUUAUUCUAAAGGAAUUGUCAGUAAUAUUUCUGAACAGUUGACAAUUAUGAUUGAUCAGGAGAGACUUUUUCGAAAGGUGUGGCUAAAAAAGGUUGGCUCUUUUUUAGCGCUUAUUGGUGCAAGAACAACCAGUCCUUCUUUGCCAAGUAUUGAUAUUACUCUAAUCGGAAAUAAAGGUGAUGAUUUAAGUCUUCUAGAGAAUGUACAAGUUGAGAGGGAAGAUAUUACAAGCUAUAUUCAAAUGGUAAGUGAUUCUGAUUGCCCCAGCCCGUUUUCUGAGCUUCUCGACACAAAUUUCAAGGACCUUAUGAAGUCAACAAAUAACAUGAAAAAGAUCACAAAAAUUGUUAGUGCCUUAAGUACAUUCAUGUCAUUUUCAAAUGAUGAUAAACGAAAUCAGAAAGGGGACGAGGAUUUAGACUUAGAAUUAAAUGUGACUAAAGGGCUUCGGUCCAGAAUUAGGAAAUUAGAAAACUUGCUACAUCAACAGCAAUACAAGAACUUGAGCAAGUGGCCCGUCACAAGAAAUAAUUUGUCAAUUUCGGCCCAAAACAAAACAAGCAUGAUGAUAGAACAUCCUUCGAUAGGCGACCCCAAGGUUUUAUUACCAAAGCGGUCGUCUUCUCUAACAGUUAACUCUUCGGGGCAACCAAAAGUUUUAGAUACUGCAAAUAUUGACAAACACAUCGAAAAUAUAAGACUAAAGAAAGAAAAUUCUGAGCUUAAAGUCCAAAAUGAAAAACUACUUGAGGAUAGUAAAUUGAAGGAAGAAUUAAUCGAAAAAUUGCGAAGUGAAAUAACAAGAGCUAAAACUACAAAUGAUUCAGAUCGUGCUCAACUUGAAAAAGAGAUCCUGAAAAGGGAUGAGGAAUUACAAACGGCAAAAUUGGAUAGUAAACUUAAUUUGAAAGAGAUCGAAAACCUUAAUAAGAAGAUGGAGCACAGGACCAUAGAAGUUUCAGAAUUACGCUCAAAGCUUGCAAAAUUUUCAGAUUCGACUUCGUCAUCAGAUAAAGUAUCUGAAUUGAAGGAAGUUAUUGAUUCAUUGAGAAGUGAAUUAGAUGAGGUAAAGAAUAUGAAAAAUGAUCUUUUAUCUAAUUUAUCUUCCAAGGAAAUCGAGGUAAUCAAGGAGCGCAAUAACCUUGAAAAUGAGAUCAAAACAUUACAAUCAAACUUGGAAGAAACAACAGAGAAUUACGAGGCUCUUAUAGAGCUAACUGCAGCAAAACAAAAGCAAACUGAGGCAGUUACAAACGAUUUGAAUAAUACUAUUGUAUCACUUUUCAAAAGUGUCAAGAGACUUAUGGAUGCUAACUUCGAAUUUAUUGUUGAAUUUUGCUUAGUGUUGGAAUCUAUGGGUUUACUCUUGAUAAUGAAAGAUGACGUCCUCAAAAUCACCAGAGUGAAGGGCCUACGCUCGAAGAACGCAAAUAUUGAAGGUGAAGGAUUUGAGCCUAUGAGUAGCAAACCAAACUCAAAAUUUAUUAAUGAGAUAAGUGACAACAUGUCUUGGAGUACUGAGAUGUCAAGCGUCUUUCCCCUUGUGUCAGAAGAUAGCGCUCGAUCUCUUUCUAAUCAAGAAGAGGAUACUAGUAGAUUUAUUGAAGAGUCAAUGAAGCUAAUUUCCAUAUUCAAUAACAACUUUAAACUCGAAGGUUCGCCUUUUGAUAAAUACUUAAGGAUUACUAACUUUAAGGAUAAUGUUCAGAUGCAAGAAGACAGUGAUUAUAGUUCCAAAUUCUUUUUAAAUGCAAUAUCAAAAAGAUUCAAAGAUGUCGAAGGCUAUGCUAAGAGACAAACUAAAGAAAACAAAAUGCGAAUUCAAGAGGUGAACAGGUUAUCUUUGAAGUUGAACUCGAAAAUUUCAAUGAACCAUUUCCAGAAAAACGACCUUGUACUUUUCCUUCCAACCAGAAUUGAUAUGAAUGAUGAUAUUCCUGAAAACCCUCCUUGGGCAGCCUUUAAUAUUGGCGCGCCCCAUUAUUUUUUAAAAGCAGAGAAUCUCGAUGCUUUUAAAGACAAAGACUGGAUGUUAGGACGGGUACGUAAUAUUGAGGAACAACAAGUGACAGACGAUAACGUCAAUGAUGUAAAGCUCAAUCCUUUUAAAUUGAGCACAGGAAUCUCGUGGUAUAUGGUUGAGGCUAAGGAGGAUUUAAUUCCUUGA